AGGAGGGAGUUUGAGGUAGUCAAGGUCAUUUUUGAUUUUGUUAAUACUCGUUUUGCUUCACUCUCGGUGAAAUACGUAUACUGAUCAAAGCUAUUUGUGACUGAAUCCUUAUCGAACAUCUUACCAGCCCAAUUGUUCCAAAAAUACUAAUGGUACUACUUGGUGUGCAAAUUAGUUGUGAACUUACGAAUGUCACUAAUCUAAGUCCUUCAUGUGAUGAUUUUCGUUGGUAUUUAAAGGUAAAGUGCGGGAACUGCGGCGAAAAUACUCAUGAUUACGUAUACAUUAACAGUGUAGAAAAAACAGCAAUUCAAGACAGUCGCGGGGAUGCGAAUUUAGUAAUCCGGUGUAAAUUUUGUAAACGAGUUUCAAAUGCUGAUAUUAUUCCUGGUAGCAUACUUCCAUACUCACUUGACGAUUCUGGUCAUUUCAAAACCAUUGCAAAAUUUGACUGUCGUGGUUUAGAAUUUACUGAGUUUUCUCCUCGUUGUGGUUGGUCUGCUUCAAGUGUCAACUCUGAUGCGGUUUUUGAUGACAUCUCAUUAACAGAUGAGAUUUGGUGUGAUUAUGAUGAGAAAGGUAAAUGUGAAGUCAGUAUACAAAAUUUUCAAAGUCAGAUAAUUAAACUGAAAUGUUAAUAAUUGAAUAUUUAUGAUCUGUUCACCUUCCUGUUUGUAUUAUGUAUAUUAUUAUUGAAAAAAAUAAAAUACUCGUUUUGUUUUUGCCUAA